AUGUCUCACGUUCGCAAGAACAGCGGGUGUCUCCCCCCCGACCCCAAGCGCGUCAAGCUCUACGAGAGUUUCCAGGGCGCUAUCCAGACUGAGGAAAUCAACAAGUCUGAUGUAGCCAAACAGUAUAAGACCUUGAACCAGGCCAAGAGCGUCAACUGGGCUCAGGGCCUCGACCUGCUUCACACCAUCAGCGACAUCGAGAGCGUUUACCAGACUGACGCCAUCAGUGACCUUGGCAGCGUCAACAUGGUUGGUCCCAACCCGGCCGAGGGCAUCACCGAUCUUCAGGAGGAGUUCCAGAUGAUCGACUUGGACGAAGCCCUUCUGCCCAUCGAUGAGUUUGAAUCCUCUGGAGAUGUCGAGACUGGCUGGGAGUUCAUCCAGCAGGUACUUUCGCAGCAGCAGGCUGUUCAAGAGGAGAUCAUUCCCGAGCAGACCGGCGACUUCUACUCCGGACCUCUCUUUGCUCCUCGCCCUAUCUAUGUUCCCUACAACAACCGUCCCGUGGCCCUCAGGUCGCGUGUGAACGUUCAUCCACGGUUCGCUGCUCUUGUUGUGAACAAUGAGGUGACCAUCCCUGGUCUCAACGUGCGUGAGGGUAACUACAUGGCUACCUACCUCAUCAACGAGCUCUACUGGGCUUUGCCCAACCACUACCACAGCUCUCGUCUGAUGUAUGAGGAGGACUUUGAGGCUGCCAUCAAGCUCCACCGCGCCGGUAGCCAGUUCCUUCUCCCCGGUCUUGUCGAGAAGGCUAAGAAGGCGAUGGAAGAUAUGAUGUGUGGCCAACUCCCGAUUCAUUUCAUCAUCAACGCCUUGAAGCGUUUCCCUGUCUGGUGCGAUGCCAACGCCAAGUGGAUCAAGUAUGCCAUGUCUCUUCGUGCUAGGGCCGUUGAUACCUACUCCCUUACUACUGAUCUUGGGGGGUAUGCUAAUAAGAUUGGAACCGGCUCCCCAGUCAUGGACGGAAUUUUGGAAGGCCUUGUGGCGGUCAAGGGACUGCUUCCUGGUGUCGGAGAUGCGAUCCUGCCUUACAGAAUCGUCAACGAAUACCUGAACUAG